ACGAAUGAUUCACUUGGAAGUACGUAUAAUUGGGCUUAUUUUAUACCUCUCAUUGUUCUUGGUUCAUUUUUUAUGCUCAACCUUGUGCUCGGUGUCCUCUCUGGUGAAUUUGCAAAAGAGCGAGAAAGGGUUGAAAACCGCCGUGAAUUUUUGAAAUUACGUAGGCAGCAACAGAUUGAACGGGAAUUAAACGGCUACUUGGAGUGGAUUCUGACUGCUGAAGAAGUGAUUCUAAAAGAGGAUCGAACAACUGAUGAGGAAAAAGCCGCUAUCAUGGAAGCACGGCGACGUGCAGCUGCAAAGAAGCUGAAACAGGCGAAUAAGCAGCAAAGCACGGAGACUGAAGAGGACAUCGAGGAAGAGGAGGAAGAGGAGGAGGAAUACAUGGAUGAAGAGGGCGAAGGUACAAUUCAUUUCACCUCCUCAAUGCACCUAGCAAAUCAAGCUGCUGUUAUCACCUAA